UAUAACUGUUACUAGCACAUGGAGAUGGAAAUGGAGGGGCAGGCAGGCAUGGUACCAAAACUCAGUGCUCGUGAACUUCUACUUUCAAUAGUCCUGCUUUCGUGGACGAAAUUGUAAAAAGAAGAAUUGCCGGGGGCCAAUUGCGGAACUUGGGGAAAAGCCCGUUCCACUUCCAGAAAGUAGGAAACUGCCUUUUCCUCUCGGGCGCUGCCGUUUCGUAUUCUCUUUCCCUCCUUCAUCUUCCUCCCGAUCUGACCUCUUUUCCCGAUCACCUUUUCGGCCGUUCGCGUCUCGUCGCGCCCGAUCGGCGAAGAGGGAGAGGAGAUCGCGACGCGGAUACGCCGAUGGGAGCUCCGACUCCGCCGCCUCAUCGCGUCGACGUCCAUCGGGCCCUCGGCGGUGGCUCCGUUGCCGAUUUGCUCCUGUGGAGAAGAUGGGUCGCCGGGGUGGCGCUCCUGCUCUCUUCGACGGCGAUGUGGGUCCUGUUCGAGAGAGCCGGUUACAAUCUGCUGUCCUUCGCCGCCAACACUAUGUUCCUUCUCGUUCUCAUACUCUUCCUCUGGGCGAAAUCUGCUGCCCUCCUCAAUCGACCAUUGCCUCCUCUCCCUGACCUAGAGGUUUCCGAGAAUUCUGUAGCCAAAGCUGCCGACGUUAUGGUAGAUUGGAUCAACCGUGGUCUAUCCAUUGGGCGUGAGAUAACAGUCAAUCGGAACUUGAAACUCUUCUUUCAGGUUGCCUUUGGCUUGUGGGCAAUUUCAUACAUCGGCGGUCUCUUCAACUUUCUUACCCUAGUUUAUAUUGGGAUCGUUCUUGCAUUCUCUGUUCCUUUCGUGUAUGACAAGUAUCAGGACCACAUCAAUGAUAAACUGUGCGUAACGCACAGCGUUCUGCAAAAGCAAUAUAAAAGAUUUGAUGAACACAUCUUGAAGAAGAUUCCAGUGCCUUCUAACAAAGAAAAGAAGAUUGAAUAGGCAGAUUCCUUCUUGAUGCUUUUCCUAAACAGCACCUGCAUUGGUUUGGUAUUGGGCUAAAGUUGCUUGAAAGAUAUGCCCAUAGAAGUGGAAAUUGUUUCUUGGCAUGCGGCGUUUUUGGGUUCGCUGGUUUUAGAUGAGUUAAGGUUAACCAUAUACUGGCAAUACGGUGCCAGACCUAAGGCCCGUUGGCCUCUGCAUUUCGGCGAGCUUUUGGGUUUGAAUUAUCAAAAGUCCUCUGUAAAUCUGGUGUGAGAUGUAUUUUCAACAGUCGUGGCUUCUUAAUGUACUUUUUUGUUAUAAGAGAGAUUACAACAGCACAACACAAAACAAAACAAAGCUCAAGUAUAAUUCUUUUCAUA